CGAGCGGCUGCGUCUGCGCGGGCAGGUGGGGCAAGAUGGCUGCCGAGGAAGACUUGCGGGUUGUCUGUACGCGACCCGGAACAGGGCUGGGUAAAGCAAUGCGGGCCCUUCUGCUGCUGUUGUGGUUUGCAGCCCGCGGGAGCGCGCUCUACUUCCACAUUGGGGAGACAGAGAAAAAGUGCUUUAUUGAAGAGAUUCCGGACGAGACCAUGGUCAUAGGAAAUUAUAGGACGCAGCUGUAUGACAAGCAGCGCGAGGAGUAUCAGCCGGCCACCCCCGGCCUUGGCAUGUUCGUGGAGGUGAAGGACCCAGAGGACAAGGUCAUCUUGGCCCGGCAGUAUGGCUCUGAGGGCAGGUUUACUUUCACUUCUCAUACCCCUGGUGAGCACCAGAUCUGUCUUCACUCCAAUUCCACCAAGUUCUCCCUCUUUGCUGGAGGCAUGCUGAGAGUUCAUCUUGACAUCCAGGUGGGUGAACAUGCCAACGACUAUGCAGAAAUUGCUGCCAAAGACAAGCUGAGUGAGUUGCAGCUACGAGUGCGACAGCUAGUGGAACAAGUGGAGCAGAUCCAGAAAGAGCAGAACUACCAGAGGUGGCGAGAGGAGCGCUUCCGGCAGACCAGUGAGAGUACCAACCAGCGGGUGUUAUGGUGGUCCAUCCUGCAGACCCUCAUCCUUGUGGCCAUAGGUGUCUGGCAGAUGAGGCAUCUCAAGAGCUUCUUUGAAGCCAAGAAGCUGGUGUAGCCUGCCCAGUGCCAUGUGCCAUCUUGCCCCCCAGGCUGAGGGACAAAGAACCUCCUGGAACUGAUUCUUCUCUGGCAGGAGGACUGAUUCUCAGUCCACCAGUAGAUGUUCUGGAGGGGAGAAGGACUGUAAGCAUCCCCAGGCACAAGCUGAGAGCAGCAGCUUGGCUGGCUAAUACUGAGCAGGUGAUGGGACAAAGUACCUGUCCCCUCCCCCUGGCCUCUGGACUUUUUGCAGUAAUCAUCCAGGGGCUGGUGAAGCCCCCGAGACCCCUCUUGGCACCUUAGGAUCACAGUGUUACUGAUCAGGGAUUCGAGGCUGCUGUCUGGGAUGGAUGGGGGGAGGGAAGGGAGUGGGUGGGCAAGCCGAUUUUCCUUCUGUCUUCGCUAAUUUGGGAUUUUGAGCAGGUUGGAGUGUGGCUGUGACUUUUUGAAACCCCAGGAAACUGGCUGUUCUCUCCUUUGGCCUAAACCCAGUGUGCUCAUUUAGGGUGUGUAUGUCAAUGAAGGGUAGUGUGGAUGGGGUUUGCAGUGUGGGGAAGUGGCCUGGAGAUUGACCCUGGCUUCUUCACAUGGUUGUCCUUUCUGGGGCUUGAGGAACUGGUGUGAGGGCAAGGCAAAGCCUUGGUGCUGGUUGGGGAUGAACUACAGAGUCUUAGUUACUGACUUCAUUUUCAGUGAAUCUAGGUUUGUUACAUUGGUUUCCCAAUUAAAAAGAAUAUUGACUUCUUG